AGCAUGGCGCUCAGCACCUAAAAUGUCCUCCAUCCUUCCUCGAAGACAAAUGUCCUGAAUAACUUCCCAGCUACGGGUGAAGAAGAGAGCUGCCUAUGUCCCGUAAGCACUAUAGACUGAGCAAUGGAAUCGUGGGAAGAGUUAGCGUUAUUAGCCUCGGAGAGAUCAACGAGGAAAUGUCCAAACAGAUGAGCUGGUGGCAUUUUGAAAGGACGGGUAAACACUACCGUUACCAGCCGGGAUUCCACUCAAAACGCCCUGUUACCUUCCCGGACGGAACAAAGUCCGGGAUAGACUGCCGGGUUGUCCGGCUGGAUAACGUCAUCGCACCCCGCUUCAAGUGUACCGCCACCCACCCUAAAACUGGCCUGAUUGUCGAUGUGAUAGAAUCUUCAGCGAGCGCAGCAGCCAACAAAAUCCUGGACCUGUUAGAUGUGAACACCAACAAGAGGUGGUCAGGUCCCGAGUUCUUCGGUUUUACGAAGCCAGAUGUUGCACGCGAGCUGAUGAAAGACAGCGAGCAUUUCCUUCCCGAACACUUUAACAAACGCAAGAAGUUCAUGGAUGAGAAGAACGCCAGCACAAACCAAGCCAUUGAGAGCUGGAACAUGGUAAAAUACUCCGCUCCAAAAGACCUGCUGUUCUCCAACCUGUACGCCCCGACCAUGGUCAGCUCCCUGGCUAACGAUGCCAUGGUUAAGAACCUGGAGAACGGUAUCCACAGUCUCUCCUCCACCUCCAACCACAACAGCCCCACUCGGAAUGAUAACAAUGAUAACCACGCGUUGAACGGGUUGUUGCUGAACGGUAACGGUUCACUUCCUGGUCUGGUACUGAACUCUCUGGCUACCACCCACAGUUCACCUGUCACCUCCAACACAAGUCCCGUAUCAACCGGUUCAAGAAGCGAGGAAGCCCUCAAUGUAACCUGGGUUGAACUGCAGAGCGUGGGAAAAGCCUAUCCUACUCCGGAUCAGUUUUGGUUUUACAAGCACUCCAAUCGGAGGUACAGGUUGCAGCCGGGGUACCGCGCUCUGCGGUGCGCGCGCAACACCAGCAACGAGGAAGUUUUCAUCCUCAGCGAGAUUCUCGCAAAAGAAGGUCGGCCUUUCUACAGAUGCUCCUGCAAGAAUUCCUCCCGGGAAGACUUCAACUCAACCAAAGUUGUGCAGGAGUUCAUGAAGGAAAUUGAUAUCCCGACAAAGAAAGCGUGGGCAGGACCUGACUUCUUCGGCCUGACUCGGAGUGCGGUGUUACAACAAUUGUUAGCAACAGAACAGGAGGAGAAGUUGUGUGCUAUUACUCCCACCUAUCUGCCCAGCCCUAUCUCUCCUGUAUCCAGAGCUAAUGCGAGUUUGUUUGAGCCGUUGUCACAGUAUCUCGACAGUCAGGGAUACCGGAAUAUCAACCACACAGGAAAUCUGAAGAACCCCUUCACUUACCCCGGAGGCAAACUUCCUACUUCUAUGAAUUCGCCGAUCGCGGGUCUGACAAUGCCACCACUGAACGGUCAGCUCAUGCAGAGUGGUAUCAACUCCAUGCUAUCAGUUUCACCUGACAUGUUGUCCCCCCGGUUCAUGCAGAGUCUACCCAACUUUAUGAACGCGAGUAACUCCCCAGUGACCAGUGUACCUUCCAACGGUACCCUCACCCCAAAUCGCAGCUCCUUCUCCAGGUACAUGUGUGUGAACAUGACGGAGUGUAUCAGACAGCUGAAACUGUUCAUCAACUCACUCUACGCUCUACAACAGGACGAUAAGAUGAACCUUAUUCAGUUACAGAAGCUGAACACGGAUAUGGAGAGGCUGAUGUUACUGCUGAAAAACGAAACUGCUGAUUUGAACCAGAAGAUUAACUCAGUUGAUAAGAAAGCUUUUGUUUCUCCAGCCAGUGGAUCAGGGUUUAUAAAGCUAGAGUGUGACGGAGAUGGGAGACUUGUAGACCAGAGCACGGAGACAGAUCCCUCAUCUGGCAUCAACUUGGAGCUGGAGAAACUCAGAGAAGUCUUGGUUCAGUGUAACUCCUGCCAGAACUCAGUAACCUUCUGCUCUGGCUGUGGAGGACGUCUUGCCCUCUUUGUACCAGGGUCCACAACCGGUACUAGCGCUGCGGAGGCGGUGUCCACCUCCCCUGACGAUGCAACUGUUGUGAAGAGUGAGGCAGCGGUUUCCAGCAGUGCUGAAACUACUAAUGGUAGUCCUAAAACCGAGGAAAAACCGAGCAACUGGCCGCUAGAAUGCGACAAGAUCUCGGAGCAUGCCUGCAAGAAAAUAAAGCUGAACAACAAAGGACUGUAGAGGGUCCUUGUGCGAGAACGUUAUCUUAUCGUAACGAGAGAAGAGAGAGAUUGUUAUCUGUAGACUCUAUCUUAGAGCUACUAUCUUAGAGCUGACUCUAAUUCUUUAAGUGAUAAGGGAAUGAGGAGAGAACCGUUGAGUUGUAGUAGUACAUAUAUCUGAACCCCGUAUAAUAUCGGGUACGUUAUUUUUACUGAGAAGAGUAGACGAAGAAUUGAAGAGAAAUAUAAAUACAUUUGCCAAGACGAAAAACGGAUAUUAAGAUUGAGCAACAAAUACAAUUUGUUCCCAUAUAAUAGUCGGCGGUAUAUUAGUCGGCGGUAUAAUAGUCGGCGGUAUAUUAGUCGGCGGCUCUGUUUUGAAAGAAGAUUUGUUACAGCACAUUGAGCCCGAAAUGAGAAUUGCUGUGAAAUUUUAAAGGAUUUAGCCCUACUUGGGGUAACCAAAGGAUGAUAUCAUCAAUGAUGAAUUAUAAUGCGUGGAUGGAGUUCGAGGGUAUCGCCUCCGUGUCCGUUCCGAAUAGCACACAUUGCAACGUGGUUGCUAAGCAACGGAGGUGAAUUUGUGGAAUGAAACGGAGCACUUACACCGACAAAUCUUGUUCUUUUAAGAUGCUGACAUUUUUAUUGACUUAACCAAUCGUUCAAUUUGAUCGACUUCAAGGCCUCUUAAUUUGGAUUUGACAGUUUGUCUAGGUGUUGGUCUCCGUUUAGACGAUAUGAUUCAGAUUGGUUUUUAAAUAAUUGCAUUGUUGAAGAUGUAAAUGGUUGCCAUGGUAACAGUGUUUAAUUUUUGGUUAUAAAAAUAAAUUAUUACGCGUUGAUGUCAGCAUAUAUGAUAUAUAUGAUAUAUAUGAGUACAGCUGGAAAGCUUUUGGCAUUUUUGCUAGACUUAACCUCGCCCCUACCGUGGUAUGAGCCACACUGUGCCCAAUGUUAUUAUAUAAUCGAUAAUUUAUUAACAAUUUUAUUAGUGCCAUGGGUGAUUUGUGCAUGUUUGUUGUAACAAAAGAAGCUAAUCUUUCGCACCAAUCUAGAUAUAUUAUAAUGAUGGAUCGUCUAUGAUAUAUGAAUUAUUUUAUAGAUAUUCACAGAACCUAUAUCAUGAGGUUAAAUAGUUAUAUCGUAACAUAUAUUAUAUAAUUUUACAGUAUAUUGCAAGGAAAUGUUUUGCCACUGUGUCGAACGAAUUGUUAGUAUGUAUUUUUUGGAAUAUUAGUGUGCCGUUUUGAUCUUUCGUAAGUUUUUAAAGUACACAGACAUUGAUGAUAUGUUAUAUCGCUGGGUCACCAGCCCGGCCCCCUUUUUGCGUCAUGAAGCAUUUUAUUUUAAAUGAUCAGACUAUUAUAUAUGAUGACCACAGCGCUAAUUAUGCAUAUGAUGUAUCUCUAUUAUAUUAUUAUGUGUUACAUUGAAUUUCUUUGCACCAGAGCAGAUACC